AUUAGCCCUACUAAAAUCUGCCUAUUCUAUUUUAUUUAUUUAUUUAGGCAAUACUUACUUCAUAUUUGCUUAAACGUCUUGUGCUUGAUUGCGACCUACAGUGAUAUUGUCUGCGUACUUGUGGAUUUGGGGUUAUCCAUCCCCUUACUCUACAGUUAGUCCAUACUUCAAAGUUUCUGUAUAUCAUUCCAUGUAGCAUACAUGGUGUUAUUUUAAGGAAAUAAUAUCAUACCAUUUACAGCUUCGAACCUGUUCGUCAUUUCAGAUGUUGGGGUUCAUGAUUCAUUUAUGUUCACCCAUUUAAUGUACAAACAACCCACUUAACCCACGAGAUUUGCCCUUGCUAUGGAUUUCUGGUUGAGUGGAAUUGCUGACAAUGGAGAAGGGAUAGACAUAAUAAGUAGCUUACCAGAUGAAGUUCUUGUUCACAUACUUUCAUUUCUUCCUACUAAGCAUGCUGUGGGUACUAGUAUUUUAUCACACCGCUGGCAAUAUCUUUUUACCGGAGUAACCAAGCUUGACUUUGAUGAAUCACUCAUGUUUCGCCACAAUGGCAACCACAGUUACCCUCGGCUUAAGGCAUCAUGUACCUUCAAGGAUUUUGUGGACAGGGUUCUGCCACUUUGCAAAUCCCCUCGUAUUAGCAAAUUCCGCCUUAAAUGCGAAUAUGGAUUUGACUGUUCAAACCUUAAUGCAUGGAUCACCUUCGCAUUAUAUUAGAGUUAUUAUUAUUAUUAUUAUUAUUAUUAUUAUUAUUAUUAUUAUUAUUAUUAUAUUAUGUUGUAUUAUUUAGACACUCUUUCGUAUAUCUUUUCUUUUGACA